AUGGGUCGCAUGGGUCUUCGCACCCAAGCUCAGUCGUACCGAGUGUUUGUGCUGAAUGUGCAGCGAUACACAGUCGUGAGUCUCCCAGAAGAGGCCAUGAUCCGCCAGAUGCUGCAAGCGACCGUGUCUCAGAUGCACCUUGCGCCGUGUGCAGACCGUGUGAAUGGCUGGGCCGUAUUUGAUGUGCUUCCUGACCUGGGAAUUGGCUUUUUCCUGGUCAAGACGACCGAGUGGCCCACCCUCUUGCGCCCCGAGCACACACCAUCCUACUCGGCUACACUGGGGGGAUGGGUCUCUAUUCAGAGCGAACCACGGAAAUGGACCAAAAAAUGGCUCGAGCUGCGUGAACACGCCCUGUUCACCGCGAGCUCUGAAUCGCCCUAUGGGUUUGCCUUGCGCCGCCAGGGGACUAGCCUGGACACGGAUCGCACCGUUGCGUAUGUUACACAACCCGAUGCGGCCGCACACCGCGAUUGGGUCAAGGCGAUUGUUGGUGCACACACCUACAUUUUGCGCCAAGAGUCGCCAGAUCUGUUUGUUGGUAUUCGUGCUAUUCCCCCUGUCUCGUUCCAUCCUCCGCGUGAUCCUUCGCCGCCUGCGCGUCGACACACCCCCAACGAGCCUCCACCACAGCCGCGGCGAGUGCGUUCUAACCGGCACUUACAGCAUGCGCAAACGUCUAAUGCGCCAGUUGGCGCACCGCUGAUACCCAGCGACUCGCUAUCUGUACGCUUCCAAAAGGGCAGCCUGCUCGCCGCUCGCGAGCGCACCCGCGGCCAUAUCAAGGCGACCUUUCAGCUGCCGCCACUCCAAGGGAAGGAUCUUGGCGAGCACUUUUGGACCAUUGGACGCCGCGCCGCACAGCCAUGGUUAGGAUACGCCGAGACGUUUGCAACGAAGCGCCUGCCUUCCCCGCCUGUCCCGCGCGUCGAGGACCUCGGCGACGACUCGGUGUGGUGGAGUGCCAAGAACUGGCUCGACCUGGAUCCUUCAUUACGGCUUGGCGACCCCGAGUCGGUUCCGUACCCUGACGUGAAAGAAUCUGCUCUCGUAUUCGACGUCGAGGUACUCAUGACCGAGAGCCAGUUUCCCGUGAUGGCAACUGCUAGGAGCGAGACGGCAGAGCACUUGAUCCCGAUGGGGCCCCGCAACGGCAGUGCGCCCCCUCGCUUAAUUAUCAGCCACAAUGCUGGCUUUGACCGAGCUGCUGUGCUCGAUGAGUAUACGCUGCACUCAUCCAGCAUCCGCUGGCUGGACACCAUGAGCCUGCACGUCGCCACGAGUGGCAUUUCGUCUCCCCAGCGCGCCGAGUGGGUCAUGCAUUCGCGAAAACGCGCAGAGCGAAAACUCAAGAAGCUGUUGGCUGCUGAGAUGGUCGAGGACGACGCAAAAGAGCUUAUCCGCGCGUUGCUUAAUGACGGUGAGCUCGAUGCGGAUGCACUGGCCCGCCUUGACGUACAUAAGCUGGACGGCUGGGCGGAUGAGGUAAAGAGCAGCAUGGAGGACCAUCUUGCACUUAUGGAAGCUUCGCUGGAUGUCCAUGACGAAAGCAGCCUUGCCUCGGACUCAGUCGAAGAGAAGAGCUCUGUCCUUUGGCAGGAUGUCACCUCGCGGAACUCGCUGGCUGAAGUCGCCGCAUUGCAUUGCAACAUCGAAAUGGACAAAGAAGCGCGCAACAAGUUCAUCGAUGGUACACCGCGUGAGCAGAUCCGCGAGGAGUGCGCGGCACUCUUGGCUUAUUGCGCCAACGACGUUGCGACAACGCACUCUGUUUUUUGCAAGGUGUGGCCUGCAUUCGUCGAGCGCUGUCCCCACCCAGCUACCAUUGCAGGUGUGUUGGCGCUCGGAAGCACAUUUUUGCCGGUCGAUGAGGCAUGGCUAGACUACCAAGCUAAGGCGAAUGCCAAGUUUGAUGAGAUGAACGUGGCAGUCGUUGCCGCACUAAAGAAUCUUACGUAUGUGCUCAAGGACAGUGGCGUAUGCGAUAUCGAUGCCUAUAAUGGGAACCCAGAGCGCGUACAACCGUGGUGGAAAACUGACCCUUGGUAUGCCCAGUUGGACUGGACGCCGAAGCGGCCGAAAAAAGGGGCGCUGCCUGUCGAUCAACUUGUCCCAAAGUGGACGCGCGGAAAGUAUGAGGACCCCAAGACCAAGCUGAACAGCCGCAUCGCUAUGGUAAUCCCUCUACUCCGCCUACGCGUGGACGGCGACAUUGUACUUCGGGAUGACCGCCGUUGGGUCAGCUUUUUACCCUACUUUGAGAGCAAUCGCCUCAAGAGUCUGCACCCCAAUGAAUCUGGUGAACAAGCGGCGAAAGGUGCAGUGGAAAUGAAUGCCAUGUGCUCCUACUGGAUCAGUGUGCGUGACCGCGUGGAGAAGCAGAUGGUUGUUUGGGACGGCAAGGCAAAGACGUCGAUGGGCUUUGACUCGGAUACCCAGCGCGGCCUGAUUCUUCCUCAUGUUAUUUCCAUGGGCACAGUCACACGUCGUGCAAUUGAAAAGACAUGGCUCACGGCUUCCAAUGCCAAGCCGAAUCGCAUUGGCUCGGAGCUUAAAGCCAUGGUCCGUGCCCCGCCUGGCUGGUGCAUUGUCGGCGCUGAUGUCGACAGCGAAGAGUUGUGGAUUUGCAGCGUAAUGGGUGAUGCACAGUUUGGUGUGCAUGGCGCGACAGCUAUUGGUUGGAUGACGCUUGAAGGAUCCAAGUCACAGGGCACGGAUCUGCACAGCAAGACGGCGAGCAUUCUCGGUACGAGUCGCAACCAAGCCAAAGUCUUCAACUACAGUCGUAUUUACGGCGCAGGGAUCAAGCAUGCGACGCAGCUACUGCUCAAAGCAAACCCCAGUAUGCCGCUUGCUGAAGCAACUCAUCGCGCCAAGCAGUUGUAUGCGGCCACCAAAGGUAACACGGUCCGGUCGACCAACCUCUUUGGGCGCCGUUUUUGGUACGGUGGUACCGAGUCAUUCGUUUUCAACAAGCUCGAAGAGAUUGCGACGAGCGAUACGCCCCGCACGCCGGCGUUAGACUGUGGCAUUACAGCCGCGUUGUCCAAGAAGCAUCUCCCGGAUGCCGCCGGAGGGAAUCAAGACUACAUGCCGAGUCGUAUCAACUGGGUCGUCCAGUCGAGUGGCGUCGACUAUCUACACAUGCUUGUCGCGGCCAUGGAUCACCUGUGCACGACCUACCAGAUCAGUGCUCGGUUUAUGCUAAGCGUCCAUGAUGAAGUGCGAUACCUUGCUAAAGAGGAGGACAAGCACCGUACGGCACUCGCAUUACAAAUUGCCAACCUCUGGACGCGUGCCAUGUUUGCCUACAAGCUGAACAUGAGCGAUCUUCCGGAAACCUGUGCGUGGUUUGCGGAGGUGGACAUUGACCAUGUUCUGCGGAAAGAGGCUGCCUCUGACAUUAACGAGGUGCGCGCACUGGCUCGCCGUACGAGCCCGAAUGCGUCCAAGCUGUCCGGCUCUCUCGCUGAGGCGUUCCAUGCGCACCAGGCCAACCGGCCGACCCGGAAAGGACGCCGAAGUAUGCAUACCUCUGCCAAGCCUUGCUCCCGUUUCUCAGACUACUACGCGAUGCUGCCGCCUCGUCCGGUGCGCAUUCGGCAGCCGAUGUACAAACACCCCGAAUACCGCGCUUAUGUCUUGCACUUGUACCGCAAACUACUUCGGGCCGUGUACCGCCUCCAGCCUGCUGUGCGUGAGUCGCUGUUCCCGCUCCUCCGUACGCAAAUGCGACAUAAUAAGCGGAUCACGUCGCGUGCGCAGAUUUGGCAUUGGUGUGCCAGUGGCAAGAUGUUGCUCGAGCAUUUGCAGACGUGCGCGGACCCUGCCUCGCAGCGUGCUAUUGAGGCCAGUAUGGAAAAGAUGCAAGCGCUGGCAGACCGCCUUGCAUCGCGCCGUCCUCCCGCGCCUGCGCCAAAGCAGUACCACCUGACUGGAGCGCUGCUGCCUCCUACGCUCUUUAAUCCGCCGAUGCUGCGGUACAAGCCUGACCAGCCCGAGUCAAUGACAAUGAUGAUUCGUGACCGGCGCAGGAGACGCGAGCGUCGCAUGCAACAGUGGAGCAAUGUCCAGGAAAUGGCGCAGCUUGCCAAGGACGAAUGUGCUUCCCUCGGUGGGCACGAGCCUGUUGGAAACGCUGGUGAAUGGACUGCGCCACUUGUGGACGCCGAGCGUGAUAUGCAAGCGCAGUUUCAGCGCGAGUAUGCUCGUGCGCGUAUGGUAUUUGACCGCGAGACGCUGCGCCGUGCUAAAGCAGCAAAGCACGCGAAGCGUGUGCAGAAUAGCGCAAGGACACGGCAGCCCGUGCCGGACAAGUAG